GUAGCAUGCUUCCACCGCAAAUCGAUAAAUUUUGGCGCGGAACCCACGCUGUCUUCUACUACAGAGCAACUAUCUGCUUAUCAUUCUGAGGCACUAUAAUUAUACAUAAAAUGGCUCGGCUUCUUACACAGAGUCUGGUGCUGCUGCUGGCACUGCUGGCAGCUAGCGCUGCUGUCGAUGCUGCGACAGAGGAUUUGUGCAACAGCACUCAGAAGCGGUGCAACGGCACGGGCGCGUCGGCACCGCGUUGCGUCCAGACGUCGGUGAACACGACUCGUUGCGAGUGCGGUGCUGGUGCUAUCUACAAACCCCUGGUGGGCUGCGUGCAGCCGUUCACUGGGUACGAGAGCCUGGUCAUCGGGGCCGCACAGGUCUGCCCUCAGUCCGCCGCGGCUGCCGGCGGCUCUUGCCCGCCGCCGCCCGGUGUUGCGCCCAAGAGCUGCGGACUGCGCACUCGCGUUGGAGGCAACGCAUCCGCAUCAGGCUUCGCAGCAUCAUAUGCGUGCGAUCGCCUGUGGUCAAUGAGCCGCAGCCACUACCUGCAGUUGAGGGAAGAUGGCACCCUCGUUGUUACACACAACGCCACUGGCACGGCGGUGUGGACUGCCGAGACCGCGGGAAAACCAGGUGUUAACAGCGGCAGUAGCAGCAGUGGUGGCGGUAGCCAGCAGCAGGCUGCUACAGCCGCCGCGCUGCUGCUGCGGAGCAAUGGAACCUGGCAGGUGGUGGCACGGCUGGGGGACGGCGGUGGCGUGGGCGCGGCGGCAGCGGUGGUGCUGUAUGACUCAUCAUCCCCCUGGUCUUUCAAAGCGUGGCCGGCACCGGGACAGAUCUUCCCGGACAAUGGCGGCAUUGGGAAUGCGCCGUACACCAUGCGUGUCAGCGACGCGGGGGCUGUCACGCUCUCGGGGCGCGACGGGCGGCAGGUGUGGACAUCCCUCCCCGCUGUGAGCAUCCUCCCCACACCCACAACAGCAGCAGGCAACACGUCAUCAGCAGCCACUACUGCUGAGGGGGCGGGCUACUACUGCUCCGCGCUCCACCUGGUCGCUGCUGGCGAGACCUGUGCGGCAGUGGCGUACGGCGUGGGUCUGCCGCUGCCGGCCCUGGAGCAGCGCAACCCGCCGCCGGCGUGUGCGCGACUCGAGCCCGGUGACGUGCUGUGCGUGGACGGGUACGGCCACGGCGGCAAUACAAACCCCGAGGCCAUCGCGCCCUGCCGCCUGAACUACACCAUCGCACGACACGACACGUGUGUCGGCAUUGCUCGCGCUGCCAACAUCAGCGUGCCGGGCCUCAAGACCCUCAACCCCGGGCUCAACUGCUCGCGGCUAUUCGUCGGCCGCGUCCUGUGCACGGCAAGGGCCGCCGCCGCCCCGCCGCCUCCAGGACCAACACCGCUAUCGCCAGGCGGCAGCGGCGGCAGCACCGUCGCGGGCUGCGGCCCGGUAGCUCGCGUGUCGAACCCAGGCACCACCUGCAGCACCCUCGCCGCGGAAUCCAAGAUCGCGCUUUCGGAGCUGCGUCGGCUGAAUCCGGGCCUGGAUUGUGGCGGCAGUGGCGCUGGCGGCCGCGAACCUGCGCUGCCUCUCGGUAACCCAGUGUGCCUGGGAGACGAAGCGACGGCAGAUGCCGGUGGCGACAUUGCGAGCGCAUCAGGCGCCGCGGCUGGGUGCGACCCCGUGCGCCGCGCCCGGGCCAAUGACACCUGCGCAUCAGUGGCCGCCGCGGCGGGCGGCGGGCUGUCCCUCUUCCAGCUGCAGCUGCUGAACCCCGGGCUCACGUGCGGCGGCGGCGAUGGCGCGGCGGGUCACGUGCCGCUGGUUGCCGGGCAGCUCGUGUGCAUGGGCCCCGCCGGCGGUGGUCCCGCGACUGGCGAUGCCAGUAGUGGCGAUGGUGGCGGCGGCGGCGAUGGCAGUAGUGGCGACGGUGGCGGCGGCGGCGAUGGCAGUAGUGGCGGUCUGCAACACUCCGGCUUCUAUGACGCCCUCACGUGCCGUCAGGCGUACGCCGUGUCACCAAUCGACACGUGCCACAGCUUCGCGCGGGCCCACAACUUGACCUUCGCUGAGCUUGCGGUGUUGAACCCCGGCAUCCCAUGCACAAGUAGCAACACCAGCAGCAACACCAGCAGCAACGUCGGAGGCUUGCAACCUCUGCUUGAGCAGCUGCUGAUGCUGGGCUACGGCGGCAGCGGAGCACAACCGCGCACGCCGGUGCUGUGUGUUGCGUUCGUGGGCUGCCCGUGUCCCAAUGGUGGAAUUGGGAAGAUCGCCUGCUGUGCCAGCCCACCUCCCCCGCCCGCGCCGCCCGCGCCGCCCUCGCCACGCCCUCCCCGCCCCAAGCCGCCGACCCAAGCCCCACCCCCCGUGCUGCCACCGCGGCCGCCCUUCCCGCCUGCUGCCCCACCCCCUCGCGAGCCCUCACCACCGCUCCCCCGCGCCGCCCUGCCCCCGCCGCCGUACUACCACGACCUGCCGCGCUACCAACCGCCAUCACCACCACCGUACGGCAGCGGGUACGGCGGUUAUCAUGGUGGUUACGGCGGUCACGGCCAGCAACCCCCUCCGUACAACUACGGCGGCCUGCAACCGCCUCCCCCUAUGUAUGCAUCCUACCCGCCGCCCCCUUCCUACUCGCCGGCACCAACGUACACGUACGCGUCACCACCCGCCGCCACUUACGCCGUUAGCUACCUACAGCCAGACAUGACGGCCGCAACCUACGGCGGCGGCAGCGGUAGCAGCAUUGAGGGCGGCGGUGGGCCUGCUGUGUUUGCUGCUGGGAACGAGAAUGACAGUGACGGCACAAUGACUGGAGUCGAGGGGCGGCGGCAUCUGGGCGAGGUGGAUGCCUCUCUACCGGCCGCCGAUAACGGCGGUGGUGGCGGCGGUGGCGACGGCGGUGGUGGCGGCGGUGGCGGCGGUGGUGGAGGCGGCGGUGGCGGCGGCAGUGGUGGUGGCGGCGGUGGUGGCAAUGGUAACGCUGAGCCCCCCUCUGGAGGUGGAGAUGGCGGCGGCGGCGGCGGCGGCGGCAAUGGUAACGCUGAGCCCCCCUCUGGGGGUGGAGGUGGCGGCGGCGGCGGUGGCGGCGGUGGUGGUGGCGGCGGUGGUGGUGGCGGCGGUGGCGGCAAUGGUAACGCUGAGCCCCCAUCUGGGGGGGGAGGCGGCGGCGGCGGCGGCGGCGGCGGCGGCAAUGGUAACGCUGAGCCCCCCUCUGGGGGUGGAGGUGGCGGCGGCGGCGGCGGCGGCGGCGGCGGUGGCGAUGGCCCUGCCGAGCCUCCGACCGGCGGCGGCGGCGAUGGCCCUGCCGAGCCCCCGACCGGCGGCGGUGGCGAUGGCCCUGCCGAGCCUCCGACCGGUGGCGGCGGCGAUGGCCCUGCCGAGCCUCUGACCGGCGGCGGCGGCGAUGGCCCUGCCGAGCCCCCGACCGGCGGCGGCGGCGAUGGCCCUGCCGAGCCCCCGACCGGCGGCGGUGGCGAUGGCCCUGCCGAGCCCCCGACCGGCGGCGGUGGCGAUGGCCCUGCCGAGCCCCCGACCGGCGGCGGCGGCGAUGGCCCUGCCGAGCCCCCGACCGGCGGCGGCGGCAAUGGUACUGCCGAGCCUCCGACCGGCGGCGGCGGGGAUGGUACUGCUGAGCCCCCGACCGGCGGCGGCGAUGGUACUGCCGAGCCCCCAGCGGGCGACGGUGCGAGCCUUGCAGAGCCGCCUGUGGGUGGCAACGGUCUUGCCGAGCCCCCAGGAGGCGGCGGCGGUAACGCCGGCACACCGCCUGGCGAGGAUGGCGGUGGCGGCGGCGGCGGCGGCGGCUCGGAUGGCGACCCGUCGCAAGGGUGCGGCGUGCUGAGCUGCCUCCCUCGAUUCUCCCUAGACCAGCUGCAGCAGGACCCUAGCUCUGGCGGCAGCGCACCGGGCCUUGUUAUUGGAGGGCAGUCGCUGUUUGGCGCCUUCAGGGUUGGGGACAUGGUGUCUUUCGCGGCGUCACUGUCGGACAGCGAGGGCGGAAACUGUCCGUUUCUGGUGCUGACUGGGGCCGAAAUUAAAGCGUAUUCCAAGGACGUGCAGCGAGUGAAGGGGCUCGGCAUCUCGGCCCUGGGCUCGGCAGCCAAGGCGUGCGUCAAGAUCGCCGGGCUGCUGGAGCAGGAUGAGAGUUUCAUUCUGGGAGCUCUUGGCUGGGACGCGAAGAAGAAGCCCAAAGGGGAGGCCCAGGACCCCCAGAAAAUUACCUGGGGCGCCACAAGCAUGGCCGUAUGUGCAGCCAUCAGCCCCUGCAAGGGCGUGUACGCCUUCGGGUUCGCCGGCGCCCAAGUGACCAUACCCAUCUGGGAGGACCCGCCCAUCACUGUGACACUGGCGCUUGAGACCGUGUCGUUCAGCACUGGCGGCGCCGACCUCACCCUACACAUCCCGCACCUGUGGGACUUCGGCGACGGAACCGGCAUGGGCAGCAUUCAGACCGCGUACCCCUUCGCUGCGAACGCCAUUUUCCAGGGCUCCGCAACGCUGUCCCUGGGAAUUAAAUCCAGUGAGGGAAAGGACGUGGCCACAAUCGACAUGACUGGCACGCUAAGCCUGGCAAUCAACUUUGACGUCAAUGGUGACGGUCGCGGCGGAGGUGACUACGGCUUCGCGACCACCCUGUUCGGUGCGCCCGCGGUUACAAUUGGAACCAAGUUCCGACUGGACCUGUCCAAGAUGAUUUCGGCCGAGCUGAACCUCGUCUGGAUGCAUCGCAGCGCCAAUGACUGGAAGCUGCAGAUCACCAUGCGCCGGUCCUUUGACCUGGUGGGGCUUGUGGAGGGCAUAUCAAAGGAGGUCGCGGACAUCAUCCGCGGCCUCAUCGAUAUCAAGGGCACUGUCACUUUCAGCAUCAGCGUGGACAACAACCGCAUCGGUAUCUUGUUGGACGUGGCCGGAGACAUCAAGAUCCUUCCCUCGCUCGGCCUCCCAGAGAUCCAGGGGGAGCUCGGCAUUUUGUUGUCGGUUUCCUACAACGGACAGGGUGACCCAUUUGAGGUAGGCCUGAUCAUCAACGGCCACUUGUACUGCAUCUCGGCCUACGGGCGAGGCGCGGGCCGCGGCAUUGACGUGUGCCCACCCGGCACUGUCAAGGACCCUGGCGGCCUGUUGUGCUACCCCCCGUGCCGCGAUGGAUUCUACAUGUCAGGCCCGGUGUGCUGGCAGAACUGCCCCGACCAAUUCAGCGCUUUCCUGGGGUCCUGCAUCAAGCCUCAGCCGUACGGCCGUGGAGGCGGCUACCCGUGGAAAUUCGGUGACUGGUUUAAUCUGGAUGGCGCGCGGCGGCGUUGUGAGGCCGACAACUCCCAGGGCUGUGAGCAGUGGGGUGCCGUUAUCUACCCCAAGUGCGCUGCGGGGUUCCAUAACGUCGCCUGCUGCGUUUGCUCCCCUGACUGCCCCAACGGGAUGAGCGACACGGGAAUUGGCUGCGCCCAGUCCUCGUACCCCAACGGUUGGGGCCAGGCUUUCCAGUGCGGUGACAAUGAGGAUCAAGGCGUGGCCUUCUGCUACCCGAAAUGCCGCGAGAAUUACGUUGGAGUGGGCCCCAUGUGCUGGCGUGUCUGCUGAUGUACGAGGCCGCAGUUCAGCACAAGAGCCCACAUUGCAGUGGCGCGCAGCGGGAAUCAUGGUGCACGCAACGGGUGUGAGGCGCCAUUGAUGCAGCAGUGUUAUAUGUUCGGUAGGAGCGCUGUGUGGGAUUAGCAUGCGGAGCGAGGUUGAUGCGUUGUACCUUUACUGGGGGGGUGGCGUGAAAAUGAUCGGGCCCAUGGCCCCCGCCCCAGUGGCCCCAUCCACCGCGGCCAAAGUCACAAAGUGGCUGGGACACGCUGCCGCCGACUGCCGCCUUGGUUGUUUGUCACCUGUUUCAGUAGCCGAAUCUAGAAAAAAAGCUUGUGUUGAGUAACGGAGCUGUAGCAAGAUGAGACGUGCUGGUAUGCGUGGGAGGAGGGGGCACGCGUGGGGGGACACGCGGGUGGAUUGACGAUCGGUGAGACCAAGUCACGCAAUGCCGUCCAUGGAGUACCGUGUAGGGCCUCUUGAUCUGAUGACACCACGUCUGCUGGAGCGUCAAGAAGAUAGUGUGCCUUUCCAUGCUAUUGAUCCACAACGCCAGGGCGCAAGCCGGGGACAACUGUCAA